GCCACCGUGGCACCCUCUCCUUCUCACAAACCAUCAUGCACGUCUCCACCGUAGCAGCGCUGCUGCUCGUCGCCCCGCUGGCUCUGGCGGGCAUGUACGCCAAGCCUGUCAUCAACAUCGACGCUAAAGAGUUCAAGAAGGUCAUGGGCAAGGAGCAUGCCGCGGUGAGUCAGCUCGGCUGGGUUCAGUUUGCUGACUGUAGUAGAUGGUAGCGUUUGUUGCGCCUUGGUGAGUUUGGGGCGCGGGAGGGUUACGGGCCGGGUCAGAUCAGGCGUGUGUGAAUGUACCAGCCGCUAC